ACUCGGAAGAGAAUACCCAACUAACCCGAAUCGUUGUCUCGCCCUCGUCAUUCAAAUCAAUCUUUACCUUACAUCUUCAUCGACCUGGAGUCGGACCACAUCAUCGUCAGCGAGGGCAACUAUCAGGCCUCCGCUACCGUUGACGGCUCAAUGACUUGAGCGAGACCUCUUUCAGCGGUUUGAAAGAGGCCAAAUAGCCCACCCCUCCCUUCUCGCCGCCCAUCCGCCAUCAUGUCCAAACCCAAACCUGGACUAGGAAAAGGGAUCGUCAGGACUCUGUCUCACGCUCAUCCUUCGAGCUCGACGAGUUCUACGACGCAUGGUCCCAUAAGUCAUCGAGAUUAUGCCACUGCUACCAGGUCUACCGUCUGGGAAGCCAGUGGCUCGCGAACCGGAUGGGAUAAUAAAUCCAAAGAGGGCUAUAACGCGGGUUCUUCGACAAGGAGAGAUUCAAGCGCUUCAUUCGCCUCUAUUGGAUUACCGAGCUCCUCUGUGUCAAUUGGAUCGCCAGGUGCGACCUCGCCUUGGCUUUCUUCGUCUUCCACCACCAACUCCUCCUCCCCCUCAACGCCAUCAUCAUCAUCCUCAACAUGGGAUGGAGACAUCGUCACUCCCUUCCGAUCCACUGCCGCUCGAUUACCGUUAAAGCAGCAUCAUCGGCCAUCUGGUCGAGCGACGUUCUCCACCACUUCUUCCCCCAAUACAUUGUCCGUGUCUUUGAACAUGGCUCCGGCGAUUCAUUCGUCCCUCACUGGCGGAACUUUGAAUCUGAAUCAACUCUUUUGGAACCCUUACCUCGAAGCCGUCAUUGCAAAGCUGAAGAAUUCGACCUUUUCAGACUACUUCUCUACCGAAGCUGGCAGCGAUGCAGCAUCAUCAUCCAUCGACUUUCCAACGAUAUCAGGGACACUUCGUCCAGAUGAGAUGCAGACUGCACUCUCACCUUUAGGCAACAACUCAUCUUCUACGACUUUUGAUCCAGUCUUUUCUCCAGCAUUUGGUACGCUCGGUCUGCCCUAUCAGUCAUCCUUUGAGCCAAUUGUCGCUGCGCCCCUUGCAUCCGAAAACUCUGGUCUCAAUCUCUACUCGUCCAAUCUGAUAUUCCAUCUCGGAGCGUCAGGCUUGGCGAAAGAACGACCGGUCUACCCUGGUCGACCCCGGCCUCAAUCCGCUCCUCCGCCACCACGACCCCGUUCCUUCCCUCUGCCAGAAGUUACGCCCCCACUGGCGACAGACAUCCGCUCAACAUCUGUCGGUGAAGAUGCUUACUUUGCCCGAAUGGACGGCAUGUGCAUUGCGGAUGGGGUGGGAGGUUGGGCUAGAUCUGGAAGGGGAGACGCCGACGCGGGUAGAUGGUCCAGACUUCUCACUCAUUUUUGCGAGAGAGAAGUAACUGAUUGGUGGGCAGGAGCCGGGGCUUACGCCGUCAAAGCACCGUCAGAGUCCAAUGAAGAUGGCAAAAAUUCGAGCAGCAAAGCCGCUUCUAGAGAUCAAGCCGCUAGCGGUUGGGCAAGCAAAGCUUGGAGAACGGGUCGGGUGGCUGCCUCCGAGGUGGAAAGGGUGGAAGAAGCCAAACGUCGGCCACUUGAUCCAGUGGAGAUCAUGCAGAGAGGGUUCGAGAAGUGUCUAAGCUGUGUUUUAUCCGAGGGCAUUCAUGGCUCCUCUACAUGCCUCUUGGCCUUAUUACAUCAUUCGACUCUCCUCGUGGCGAAUGUCGGCGAUUGCUGUCUCUUGCUCAUUCGAGGCGGAGACAUUGUCCUUCGGACCGAUGAGAUGCAGCACGCGUUCAAUUUCCCCCUUCAACUUGGUACACACAGCCGGGACGAGCCAAUGAAAGAUGCAAAGCGGUACGAUAUCCCAGUCCGAAAGGGAGAUGUGGUCGUUGUGGGGAGUGACGGAUUGAUGGACAAUUUGUUUGACGAAGACAUUCUCGACACUCUCGCGCAGUUCGCCUCUCCUGUCUCUGGCCCUGAGCCCGGACCCUCGUCUUCUCGGCCCACCACACCCGGCGGUCUCCCGCCAUUCUCUCCGCAAAAAGUCUCCGAAGCUCUGUGCAAGCGCGCCAGAGCCGUGUCCGAGGAGACGUCCGCCACGAGCCCGUUCAUGGUGAAGGCCAUUGAAGAGGGUAUAGAUUUCGUAGGAGGCAAGAAGGAUGACAUCUCCGUCCUUGUCGGUGUCAUUGGAAAUCGCGAUGAGUCAGGUGCAAAGUCUGGAUUGGCCUUGCAUACAGAGUAGACAAGGAUCGGCAUGUGUCUCGUGUAGGAUCAAAAUUAUAGCGUGGGUAUGGAGAGUCUCCUGCUCUCCGAGGCUAGGACCUUUCAAGGAAUCCUCAGGUUGUACUGGAAUAGAGCUAGUGUUGUUUGUCGAAUGGAUGGGAUGUAUCAUCGCUUCUU